GUCGACAGACUCGCACAAUCACUGGUCAGUAGAGAACCUUACAGCUUACUGUAUGUUGUGCGAUUGCACGAUUUGUUAUUACUUUCACGUCGUACUUAGCGGAUGAUUGCGUUUCGGUAUAAUUAGAAGAAGCUAUUUCCGAGCCACGUAAUUUGGACAGAUGGGAAAAUUUCGUAUGUGAAAAUCGAGGUGAGUUGAACGGGUUUUUUCUUCAGCCAGAGAUCGUCAGCAAUGACAUAGAUCAUUAAGAUUAUAUACAGCUACCAUAGUUUGUAACACAGCAACCAAAUAUCGCAGCAAUAGGAUAUUUUCAUUACAAAAAUGUCUACAUUUGAGGAUAUGAUUGUGGAGGAUAGAGGAGACUUGGCUUCAGGAGGAGAGUCAGUAAUCCGUCAUCGAAUUCCAUGGAGUGAUCGAGUUUCCUUAAACAGCGAUAUACCGGGUUUACACGAAGUGAAAGACUUAUUAGACGAUGAUGAUGCUAGUUGCCUUGGCGAGGAAGAAGAUGGUGUUGGCUGUCCGCUACCUUCUACACCAGAAGAUGAUCAUUUACUAGACUGCGAGAUGACAGAGGUACUAAAAGCUGGGGUACUGAGCGACGAAAUAGACCUGGGAGCUUUAGCUCACAAUGCAGCUGAACAAGCUGAAGAAUUUGUCCGUAAAGUUUGGGAAGCAUCGUGGAAACAAUGCCACUUCCGAAACUUGCCUAGAUGGCUGCAGGAUAAUGAUUUUCUACAUGCUGGACACAGACCACCUUUGCCAUCCUUCUAUGCUUGUUUUAAGAGCAUCUUCCGUAUUCAUACUGAGACUGGCAAUAUAUGGACCCAUUUGCUAGGAUGUGUAGCAUUCAUAGGAAUAGCAAUUUUCUUUUUAACCCAACCACCUGUCGAAAUACAACUGGAAGAAAAAUUAGUGUUUGCUGCAUUCUUUGCUGGAGCUAUUGUGUGUCUGGGAAUGUCUUUUGCUUUUCACACGGUCCACUGCCACAGCGAAUGUGUAGGAAAGUUGUUUUCGAAAUUGGAUUACUGCGGCAUUGCUAUGCUGAUAAUGGGCAGUUUUGUUCCGUGGUUAUAUUACGGAUUCUAUUGUGAUUACCAACCAAAACUAAUAUACCUAUCAGUUGUUGUUGUCCUCGGCAUUACAAGCAUUGUUGUUUCCCUCUGGGAAAAAUUCAGUGAGCCGAGCUAUAGACCACUUCGAGCAGGAGUUUUCAUGGGCUUUGGCCUCAGUGGGGUGAUACCAGCUGUUCAUUAUGCUAUUGCUGAGGGCUGGUUUAAAGCGAUAAGUCAAGCAUCUCUGGGAUGGUUGAUUCUUAUGGGGUGCCUUUACAUCUUGGGAGCUAUGUUUUACGCGUGGCGUGUCCCAGAAAGAUUUUUUCCAGGAAAAUUUGAUAUUUGGUUUCAGAGUCACCAAAUCUUCCACGUGCUUGUUAUAGCCGCAGCGUUUGUUCAUUACCAUGGAAUAACAGAAAUGGCCAUGUAUCGAAUGACAGUUGGUGAAUGCGCUGAUCCAUCCCAAGCAAUAGCCUUUUAAUCAAUUUAUCUUUAAUAGUUUAUGGUUUGCUUUUAAUCCACGCUCGAAUUUUUAUAUGCAGUGCUUUGAAACGAUCUUCAUAAAUAUUUUGCUUUUCCUUUUACCUUUUUCCAAUUUUCUUUUCUCGUGAACGAGCGUGUGGUGCAAAAUUUCUAAUUUAACAAGUCAAACAUUAUUUUGCACCAGCUCUGGUACCUCAAGUGUAUGGUAAGAGUGCUGUUGACAUUUUCCAAUAACAAGGGCAGUCCAUUAUAUCUAAAUCGAUAUUACUGUACAAUAAUGCACAAACUGAACAGUAUAUGACGUUUUUUUCACUAAUUUUGAAAAAUUCAAAGAAAUUCAACUCACAAUCUGAUUUUUUGACCUACGCCAUUUCUUUACUUUGAUGUAAUUUUUGAUAGAAAAUGUUUCUCAAGAAUUUUUUUUGCAAGCCUUUUCCUUGAAAGGCGUAAUAAAUUAUCCAAAAGUACUACCUGAAUAUUCUUUAUAAUACUUAUUUGUCUACAUCUUUAC